CAUUUCUGUAAUUUCACUUUCCAGUCAUCUUCUUCCCCAUAGCUCCCUACGCUCACGGCCCGGUUCCACCAGCUCAGUUUCAGCCGCUUUUUUUGCAACGGUUAUAUCUCAUAGUCUUCAAAUCCUAUUAUUAUCAAGAAAACAAAUUACCUCUCGCGUUCCAUCACUUUAUCACAUAGGUAAAAAAAAAAUUAUUGAAAAGAGAAAGGAUUUUCAAUUGUCAAUCCUAACUUCCAGAGUCUAAUAAACAAACUUCAGUCUCAGAGAAUUUUAUCUCCAUAACCACCCACCAUGAAAACCCACAAAACCAACAAAAGAAUGAAAGCAACCAGCACGAACCCAUUUGAUAUAUUGACAGAAGAUAUAAUAUUCAUGAUCCUAGACAAUCUCGCCGACGACGCAUUUGCUAAGAAAUCCUUCUCUCUCGUUUGCAAAGACUUUUACUCCAUCGAGUCUCGUCAUCGCAAAUCAUUGAAGCCUCUACGCUCAGAGCUUCUGCCCAGAACAAGCCGGAGGUACCGUUUAGUCUCCCACCUCGACCUCUCUCUUUGUCCUCACGUACAUGACUCAACAUUGAGCGCAUCGUCUUCUAUGUGGAAAUCCACUUUGCGCUCGAUAAACCUGUCUAGAUCGAGGUUUUUCACGAGCCUUGGGUUGUCCAUUUUGUUCACCAACUGUUUGGGAUUAGUCGAGGUUGAUUUGUCGAACGGGACGGAGUUGACCGACGCCGCGGCCGCCGCAAUUUCAGAGGCUAAGAACUUGGAGAAGUUAUGGCUAGGAAGGUGUAAGUUGAUAUCAGACAUGGGGAUCGGGUGCAUAGCCGUUGGGUGUAGAAAUCUGAAGCUGCUCUGCUUAAAAUGGUGCUUGCGUAUCACUGAUUUGGGUGUGGAGCUGGUUGCUUUGAAGUGUAAAGAAAUUAGGAGUUUGGAUCUUUCUUACUUGCCGAUAAGGGGAAAAUGCCUCUCAGCUAUUUUUCAACUAAAACAUCUUGAAGAUUUAGUCCUUGAGGGAUGCCUUGGUGUUAAUGAUGAUCGCCUCAGUACCCUCAAACACAGCUGCAAGUCACUCAAGGGACUAAACAUAUCAAACUGCCAUAAAAUAACUCAUGUGGGUCUGUCUUCUUUGACAAAUGGAGCUGAUUCACUCAAACAACUGAACUUGGCAUGUGGGUUUGCUGGAAGCCUUCAGUGCCUCAAGGUCACGGCUGAUCUUGCAGCCUGCCUUCACAAUUUUCCAAAUCUGCAAUCGAUCAAACUAGAUGGUCUUUUGGUUACUUGUUCCGGGAUAAAAGCCAUCGGAAAAUGGUUUUCCUCACUCAAGGAGAUGAGCUUAAGUAAAUGCUCAGGAGUGACAGACGAAGUACUCUCCCUCCUCGUACAAGCACAUGAACAACUAAGGAAGUUAGACAUCACAUGUUGUCGGAAGAUAACAUAUGUGUCUGUAGAUAGCAUAACAAAUUCAUGUUCUGCUCUCACUUCCCUUAGGAUGGAAUGUUGUGAUUUGGUAGCAAAGGAUGCUUUCGUAUUGAUUGGAGACCGUUGUCGCCAUUUGGAGGAGCUGGAUGUCACAUGCAAUGAAAUCUGCAAUGAAGGCUUAAAAUCCAUAUCUGGAUGUCCCAAGAUUUCUAGUUUAAAGCUCGGACUUUGCCCUAAUAUAAAUGAUCAUGGUCUUGCAUAUGUAGCAAGAGGCUGUGCAAGGCUUAGAGAACUUGAUUUGUACAGGUGCUCCGAUAUUAGUGAUAUGGGAAUUGAGGAAAUUGCUCAUGGUUGCCCCGAACUUGAGAUUAUCAACAUAGCUUAUAAUGACAAAAUAAGUGACACAUCACUGAUAUCAUUAUCAAAAUGUUCAAGCUUGAAAGAACUCGAAAUUCGAGGAUGCCAUUCUGUCUCAUCGAUAGGUCUAUCAGCCAUUGCAAAAGGAUGCAGGCAGCUUAGAGUUCUGGACGUAAAGAAGUGUAUAAAAAUUAAUGACAACGGGAUGCUCUCGCUUGCUCGACACUCACAGAACCUGAAACAGAUAAACUUGUCGUAUUGCAGUGUUACAGAUGUUGGGUUUAUGGCAUUGAGUAGCAUCAACAGCCUGCAGACUAUAACUAUCUUGCACUUGUCAGGCUUGACAGCUAAUGGCCUGGCAGCUGCUCUGUUGGCUUGUAGAGGGUUGAGAAAGGUGAAGCUUCAUAAUUCCUUUAGGUCAUUGCUUCCCGGAUCUCUUGUUGAUUACAUGGAGACUCAUGGGUGUGUUUUUCAUUGGAGAGAUAAAGCAUUCCAGGUGGAAAUGGAUCCCAAGGAAUGGAAACUCCAUUUUGAAACGAAUCAAGAA